AUGAAAGAUCUCAGGAGCAGAGUGACUUUAUUCGGUCGGGUUGAGGGCAAUAACGUCGUGUUCUGUAUUGACAGAUCGGGAAGCAUAAAUAAAUACUGGGAUGUGGUUUGCACGCACUUGGUGGAGCAUAUAUGCUUGCUCGAAGCUAGACGCAAGCAAAUGAGGUUUAAUGUGAUUGUAUUUGAUGAUCACGUGGAGUGUUUUCGAUCAAAGCUCAUCAGAUUUUCUCCACUUAUCAUCUUUGAACUCCGCAAAUGGUUGCAAAAUAUGGCGCACGCGUCAACGAGCUAUCUACUGCCAGCUAUUAUGGCUGCAUUUACGCAACCAUUUGUUGAAGCGGUCUACAUGGUAACGGUAGGAACGAGUGCAUUGGAGGGACCCGAGUUAUUCCAUCAUCUCCCGGUUCUUUGCAAUUCGCGGCCACUACACUCGAAAUUGCUUGUGGAAAAUAACAACUUGCAUAUGAAGGUCUUGCGACUCAUGGCUAAAUUAACUGCAUACUCAUGUUGUGCCAAUAGUUCGCUGUGCCUGGUGAAUGUACAUUUCCGUGGAGUUUUUGUUCAUAUAAAUCCAAGCAAAUGGAGUCCUGUGAUACCGAGUCAGCUUUUUGGAAAACCGAAUGACUGUCUUCAACAUAUAGUCCGUUCUUGGAUCUCUUGGAACACGAGGAUUUCCGAAGCUCCGGGGAUUUCUAAAGAAGGAGAAGGAGUAAAAGUAGCUAUCUCAGAUUGUCUCAGCACAACUGAAACCAAAUGUGAACACCUCGAAUAUCAACCAAGCAACAAAGAAAAGCCGCCCGUUUGUCAUCGAUCAGUGCAGUCUUCAAUAACAAGUGAGACGAAGAGUGUAAGAAAAGAUAUAGCAGGAGAUGCUGAUAAUUCGUUCGAGGCAGUGCUAAAACCAGCUUUGUCGCCCUUUCGGAAAACGAACAACACGAAUACCUUUUACACAAAACGGUCGUGUGAACGUGAUACCUAUUCUGCUCCGGAAUAUCUUCAAGAGGAUUCAGUGAACCGGGAAGCGGACGUCAGUCGGUAUCGUGCAGCAAGGUCAUUUAUGAGCCGCAAUACUGGUUUCGAUCGAUGGUCAGACAAUCCUGAAUGGGCUCCAUCAGCUGGUCUCCUUCUCCUGGGCCGUUGUGUUCUGGCACCAAAUCAAAAUGAUUGUGGAAAGUUAUAUCUUGGAACAGUUAUAUCGGAGGUGAACGAAUCCACGUUUCUCGUCAAUUUUGGGCAUCCAAAUGAGAAGUCGUUCUACACUGAGUAUAUUCAGGAGAUACAUGUGAUGGAUAUGCUCUCCUAUUUGGAUCUUCAUCGGCAUGAAAUUAGAGAAGGUGAUUCCGUUUUGGUUCCAAAGUCCGAAUUGAAACAAUAUGACGAAAUUGAAUGCGAACCUGGAUCGUCGUCAUAUUAUUUGGAGCCGUUUUACAUGGCGACUGUGGAAGACGGAUAUGAAAGACGAUGCGCAAAGAAA